GCCAACCAGUCCCGUAGCGCACCGAUUGCAGAGACAUGGAGGACACCGAUGGCCAAGGCGACGUCGACGGCCGGCUUGAGCCGUGGAACUGGGGCGUCGAGGACCCCGGCUGGGCCUGGAGCACCACACACAAGUCGCCUGAAGUGGUGCUGCUUGGACCCCGGCAGGCACAGUUCCACCCCCGUUGGAGCAGCGGCACGGCGGGAGUGCGGAGCGCGCGUCCGCUGGCGCGGGACCGACGCAGCUACUGGGAAGUUCGCGUCUCGCAUCGAGUCUUCGGCACCAGCAUGAUGUGGGGACUGUGCACAGCGCAGGCACGGAUGCACGCCAACGCCUUCCUCGACCUACUCGGGCAAGAUCGCCACGGAUGGGGACUCUCUCACAAGGGCCUGCUGUGGCACGACGGCCGCUGGCGAUCGUUCACGCGGCCGUUCCGGGAGAACGAGCCGACUGUGCUGGGUUUGCUGUUCGACGGACGGCGCGGCACGCUUACCUACUACAAGGACGGCGUGUGCCUAGGCGUCGCCUUCCGCGACUUGCACCGCGUGCGUGAGCCUCUCUACCCAGCAGUCUCGUCAACCGCGGCCAAGACAGAGAUGUGUUUGGCCAACGCGCGCAGGGACUACGCCGGCCUGCAGGACCGCUGCCGUGCAGUGAUCUUGCGGCGAACUGCGGGUCCAGAUGCCGUGCGGGAGCUGAGGCUGCCACCACGGCUGCAACGAUACCUGCUACAUGAAGAGGACAUGUGAGGGCAGUUCAUCCUGCCGUCACAAUAUACUCUAGUCAUGACGGCCUCCCUAGUCUUAUGUGCACAUCUGCUGCCAAAUGCUCCCACUAGUCAAUAGGAGUUCGUCCCAUCGCAACAUUAAAAGCAAUGCCAGCAUAUUUUCAGAUGCUGCAGUGUCACCGAGCUAAACUGCACAUGAACAAACUAUGCCUCAAAAUUUGGUCACAGCCUGGUCCUUACGAGUACAUUAUACGUCCAAAUAUGCAUCAUGCUGUUGCAUACAUACUUAAAGCUAAACUGUGUGCAUCAAUUUGAUGUUACAGAUGGGCCCACUCAUAUCCAAAACUUGCCACAACGUGCUCGUGAACGAACUGUACAACUUAAGAUUACUUUCAACUGUGGCAUGCCUGAUUACUUUUUCACUGUGUGCAGAACAGGUCAUAUUUAUGCCUGCAGCGCUUCUAGCCUUUCUUUUUGAUCUGCUCUUUGUUGAUUCAUAAAGAGUGACAACCAUACUAUAGCGGCACAUACUGUCCAGUUGAAGGGUAAGCACAAUAUACAUGAAGUACACACUCAGAGAAAAUGUUUUGUAUCUGCAAUGCAACAUUUGUGCACUUGGCGAUUAACUGGCAUGUACAUUGCGCAUCAAAAGCCAGUGCACAAUUUCAUUGCUUGCAGGUUCUAUUUGUGAUGUCACAUCAAUAUACUGCGAUAUGUUGAAUUAUCAAAUUUGCUUGCAGUCAUGUUUUUCAACUUGCUAUAUCUGGCCUUGAUAGACUAGAGCAUUGUCACACAGAUACUACACUUAGUCAUCACUGCACUAUAGUCCCAGCUGCAUCUCGAUUUAUUCACAUUGCGUUACCACUGAAGCAGCCUCGAUCAUCAAGAACAUUCUAGUCGUGUAGCUAUGCAAAUACAUUGACCUAUAGACCCAUAAGAAGUGAUCAGUACAAUCGUGCCCAUUAAGCUGUAUCAAAGGGCUAGUAAACAGGCUCCGACUUCUUUUUACACCUUCCAAACAAGCUCGCUAAUUCGUGCAGAAGGCCGCAGUGAUCACAUUUUGCAAAUAUCACAGCGCCGCACACCGUACAGAUACUACAUUCCCGCACCCUUCUCCUGUGUCUGACCAAUACUUUUCUCCCAUGCAGUGAUGCAAUCUUGCCCAUGGGCAACGUUAUGUAGCAGCAACUUCAUCAGCUCGUGCUUUGCACUACAAAACGGCGCCUUGGCCCCGAGGUGAUGCAGUUUUGGCCGCGCAGUCCGCAUUUCAUUUUCCUGUGCUGCCCUCUAACGUUUCGGUAGACCAGAGACUAGGGGAACAAGCGGUAUUGUCAGAAUGAAAGCCUCCAGGAUCAAGAAGAGUCUCGCGAAUUUUCCGCUAGGGGAAGGGUGCAUGUGCUGUGGCAUAUUUGUUUACCUUGCUAGUGCCUCGCACCCCUCUUCCUCACCGUGCUGCUCUGACACGAACGACACGUAGAAGUAGCCUUGCUCGGUCGUUGGCUGCACGCCAAUGACGUAAUCGCUGGCAUGUUACGUUGCCGAAGUGGCCGUUGUCACGACAAAGGGCUACGCCUACGCCUCUUCGCUGUCAAGAAGGGUGGGAAGGCAGAGCAAGAAACCGAAACCACCGAAAGCGGGUUGUUCUAUACCAUGUAACUUCCUUAUUACAGCACUUAUUCGCAGAAUUCUUGCAGCAGCAUGUUCACAUCAUACAAGUGCACAGUUCUCUCUCCGUGACAAAUUUAGGACCGCGGGGUUGUUUACUGGCCCUUUAAAAUGCAUUGACAUCGAGAUGAAAGGUGACUUAGGUCCACUGCUUGUUUCAGGACAGUUUUGUUAGGUAAGUGUAAAACCUUGGCAGUACUACCAAAAUGCACCAACAUCUACCUAAAUAUGGUUGGUGUUUUCUUAUAUAGUGGAACACCAUUCCUACUACUAAAUGAUCUCUCCAGAUCCCUGCAUGUAUGUGUAAGCAUUACAAGGCUGAAAUGAAUGAUGUAACUAGUUUUGUUAAAAGAAAUUUACUAUAGGGACACGUGUGUAUAUUUCCUCCAGGUCACCCACAAUGACAUUUCCAUGUGUACAGUAUUUAUUCACAUAUUAAUGGCA